AUGGCGAAGUGGGAUAACAUCCGCGACGACCUGUUUGAGGCCAUCAUCCAGGUCAUGGGCACCAUCAACAAGGAGCAGCAGACGGAGAUUGUUAACAUCAUGCGGGCCAAGGGCCAUGACAUGGGCUGGAAUGCCAUCCGGUACACACCAGUCACAAUGGGACGCACUCUCCAGAACUGGGACGGCGAAACGCACGAAGCCGUGCUGGUGGCCCUGGUUGAGCACAUGAAGCCGACUGGCAGCGACUGGAGCGCUGUGGUGGCUUCGCUGCGACCCAAAGGCUACACUUUCACUGAGGGAGCCCUGGUG